CUCUUAAACAUUGAGAUUAUAAAAUACACUUAUACAUAUAUGUACGUACAUCUUUAUUAAAAUUAUUUAAAACUGAAUGAAAUUGAUAAAUAGCAAUAAAUAACGAAAAUCAAACAAUGCGACUCAUAUGUUUCCAAUGUCUAGUGAAACACUGUAGUUGGAAAAAUCAAUUUAUUUGAAUCAGACGUGAAUUUCAUUAUAUGUACGCUACUAUAAAAAUAUUUUUUGAUCGGUAAAUGUUAAAAAAAUUGAAAUGUUUUGCAAAAAAAGGAUAUUUUAAUUGUGAGCAAUUACAAAAAUAUAAAAAUUCCUUCAGAAGACAACGAGGACUCAACAUUACUUAAGCAAAAUAUGAGAGAAAAAUUUGUGAAUUUUAAGAAAUCACUUGAAAAUCAAAAUUUUAUUGUAAAUAUAUUAUCAAUAUUUUUUGGAAUAGCUGCAUGGCUUGGGGUUAAUUCAAUAUUUGUCCAAUUACCGCUUAUUGUUGAAACAGCUCCUGAAGGCUGGAAUUUGCCGUCAUAUAUUGUGGUUAUAGUUCAACUUGGUAAUAUUGGACCAAUAAUUUAUACAUUACUAAAUAAAAUAUACCCCCACAAAAUAAAGGAUGCAUAUAUGAUUUACGUUGUUUUAAUAAUUGGAUCUAUUUCAAUAUUACUUACGGCUUUUCUGUAUAAUAAAACGGUGAAUAUCAAUGAAGUGGAAUACAGUUUAGCACUACUUAUAUUGGUAUUCUUCUUGGCACUUAACGCUUGUACAAGUUCUGUACUAUUUAUGCCAUAUAUGGGAAGAUUUCGUGCGGUUUACUUAAUAAUGUAUUUAAUAGGAGAAGGUUUAAGCGGUUUUUUAUUAAGUAUCGUUGCAUUAAUUCAAGGAAUUGGUGGUAAUUCAAAGUGUAUAGAAGUGAAUACGACAAAUGGUGCAACAAUAUAUGAAAAAUAUACCCCACCACCAUUAUUUGCUACUUCGGAUUUUUUUAUUUUUGUGUUUUCAUUAAUGUUAUGCUGCAGUAUUGGUUUCACUUUACUUGAUAACUUAAGUAUUUGUAAAAAAGAAUAUGCAGCUGUUAAAAUCAAUCACGGAAAUCACUAUGAAUAUGAUACCUCAGAUAUUUUAGAAGAAAAUGUCAAAAAAUCUAAAUCCAAUGAAAAUAUUGUUACUUCCACGAAUACCAAAAUAAAUAUUACAUCAAAGCAGCACAAAUUAUUAUUAUUAAUAUUAGCUAUUGUUUGUAUGUUUGGUAACGGUAUAAUACCAAGCGUUCAAUCAUAUUCUUGUCUACCCUAUGGAAAUAUUAUUUACCAUUUAACAGUAGUUUUUACUUAUAUUGCAAGCCCACUGUCUUGUUUUUUGGCUAUUUUUUUAAAACAUACUUCUGUCAAAUUAAUAUUAACAUUGUCUGGAAUUGUUACUAUUGUUGCAAGUUAUUGCUUAAUUACAGCUAUAUUAAGUCCAAAGCCACCACUAUUUGAAACAUUAGGAGGAGGAAUAAUCAUUAUAGUUGCAUGGACUUCAUUCGUGGGUGUAGUUAGUUAUAUUAAGCUUUCAAUAACAGCUAUAAUGAGAUUACAAGCUGGGAAAUCGUUAGUCUGGACAGGUGCAAUAUCACAAGCCGGAUCUGCUGUUGGUUCAAUUAUUGGAUUUUGUUUAAUUAAUUAUACAAAAAUAUUUAUCUCAUCUGAACCAUGUUGAAUUUGAGUAUUUAUUUAAUUAAAUUUUUUAAAAUAAGUGGUAUUAUACUAACAUUGUAUUACAUGUAAUUGUCAAACCCAUUUAUUUUACAAAUUAAACUGUUUAUUUAUACCAAAUUUAUUUUAUGGAAAUACUUUCAGCAUUGUUUAGGAAAUAAAUAAAUAAUUCAAUGAGUAUCUGAAUAUAAAUCAAAUAUUUAAUAAUGGUUUAUCAUCCACAUUUUGUCGAUCGCGUCAAUGAGGUGAUUGAAAUGUCUAUCUAGUCAUGUGCCUUCACUUUUCCAUAAUAUAAAUCAGUAAACUAUCAAUAUCAACAUACGAUUAACAAAACAAAAAAAUAUCUAUUCAUGCGAUGUCUUCAAUGUCAAAUUCAUAAAAUAAAUAUGAUUCAACUAUAUUUCAUAUGGGAAGAAAAAUAAUAAUAAUGAUGUUCAUUACCUUUUGAAAAAUAUAAUAUUUGACAGUUUAAUUAAAGCU